AUGGGGAAGAGUAAAGCGAAGGUUGUCCCUCAGGAGAGGAGGGACUUCAGGUCGGACCGCUUUAGCAGCAGUAACAGGCUGAGAAGAGAUUACAUGGAACAGUCCGAACCUACUGGGGCUCAGGUAGUCCAUGCUGUGUUCCGAGAACCAUUGCACAAGAUCCUGGAGAAGGUGAAGUGCGAACCUUUCUUUCAGUGGCCGAACAGGAUGGCGGGCGACCCUUUAAAACGCAAUCAGAAUCUGUACUGCGCGUACCACCAGGAGCCAGGUCACACCACCGACGAUUGCAGGAAUCUGAAAAACCAUUUGGAUCGGCUUGUUCGAGAAGGAAAGUUGAGGCAUCUAUUGCACCGCCCUGAACAGUCAAAUGUCGAGACCAGACAAGGCACGUUGAGGCCACCCAUUGGCACAAUAAAUGUCAUUCUUGCCGCACCUGGGAGGACCGGUCCAAGCCCUUUCAGAGUAAUGUCAGUGGGCAGGUUCCCGUCGGGGCCAGACGAAAGGGAAUCCAAGAGAGCCAAAGUGAGUGCCACGCUAUUAAUCGGGUUCACAGAGGAAGACAAGCAAGGAACUAUUCAACCCCACGACGAUGCCCUAGUCGUCACGCUCAGAAUAGGAGGUUAUGACGUGAAAAGGGAAGACCUGUCGCCAUACGAUUCCCCCCUGGUCAGCUUUGAAGGAAAAAUCAUCAUCCCGAAAGGCAUGAUUAGGCUGCCUCUGCAAACGGAUUCAGACGUGGUAGAAGUGAACUUCAUUGUCGUAGAUGCAUACUCCCUCUACACAGCUAUUGUGGCCCGGCCAUGGCUUCAUGCACCGGGGGCUGUGCCGUCAACCUUGCACCAAAAAUUGAAUAUCUGUCAGGAGGUCAAAUCAAAGAAAUAA